GUGACAGCAGGUCUACACACUACACUACCCGUCAUCCCGCGUGCAGCCCGCUCAUGUAUAUUUAUGAGGCGUUUCUGCAGUGAGGCGGCUGGAUAUUAUUGAUGUCUUGCUGAGGAGGAGGUGGUGGCUUCUGCUCGGCGAAGAAAAAAAAAGGUCCUGGUUUUAGUUUUCCAGAACGCGCCCGCCGCUUGCGCAAGCCGCGUCUCGAUGCAGAGGCUGCUCGCGCGUCACCAGCGCGCGAGAGGAUGUGCGCGCCUUCCUGAGGGAGACGGAAAAUCGGGUUUAACUUGGGGGUUUGACUCGCGUGUCGUGUAAUUUCGGACGUAUAUGAUUAACCGCGAUUUUCUGAACCGAAUGGAUGCGGGAACGAUGCCUCUCCGUUUCGGGAUUUCCUUUCUGUGCCUCUUUGUAGCGGUGAUGAUCUCUGUGAUACAUACCAGCUUCUCCCUGCCUCAUUACGGAGACGCCUUGGUAAAGACGAGGGCUCGGCGUGAUGACGCCAGGUUCCUCGGGAGAGAGAACACGGUACCGGUCCGGUUAGUGUACCGAAUGGACGGAGACCGUCAGGCCGCUCAUGAUGUUCUCACCACACGGGUUCGAUUGAGCUCUGACAGUAAACAGAACCACAUGGCACAGGCCAGCUUCCAGGUGCAGGCCUUCGGACAGACCUUCAUUUUGGAUGUGGAGCUGAAUCAUGAUCUUCUAUCAUCAAAUUACAUUGAGAGGCACAUAUCAGAGAAGGGGAAUUCAGUUGUCAUCAAAGGUGGAGAACACUGUUACUACCACGGGAAAAUACGCGAUAUCCCCAAGUCAUAUGUUGCGCUUUCAACCUGCCAUGGAUUACAUGGGAUGUUCUUUGAUGGAAACCACACAUACAUGAUUGAACCAGGAGGAGAGAACACUACAAGUGAGGAGGUUCAUGUGCACAUGAUUUAUCAGUCUCCUGGUUUGGACCCCCCAGACGACUUCAUUUCUGCAGUUCGCCUGGCAGAGUCUCCGUUCCAAACCCCUCCACUGUCCAGUGCCGCCCACAGAAGGAAAAAGAGACAGAUAUCACGAAAUCCACGGAGUGUUGCAGAUGAGACCAAAUAUAUAGAGCUGAUGGUCAUAAAUGAUCAUUUGAUGUACAAGAAACAUCGCCUUUCCGUGGGACAGACAAAUAACUACGCUAAAUCUGUUGUGAAUAUGGCUGAUCUGUAUUUCAAAGAGCAACUCAACACUAGAAUUGUCUUGGUCGCGAUGGAAACGUGGGCUGCGGACAACAGAUUUAACAUCAACGACGAUCCUAUGGUGACGUUACGAGAGUUUAUGAAGUACCGGAGAGACUUUAUUAAAGAAAAGUGUGACUCUGUCCACCUUUUCUCGGGCAACCGUUUUCAUAGCAACUGGGGAGGAGCCUCAUACAUGGGCGGAGUCUGUUCACUCACUAAAGGAGGCGGAGUCAAUGAGUAUGGAAAGACUGAAGAAAUGGCCAUAACUCUUGCACAGUCACUGGGACAAAAUAUCGGCAUCUUUUCUGAUAAGAAACGCAUUUUAAACGGGGAGUGCAAGUGUGAAGAUAAAUGGUCUGGCUGCAUAAUGGAUGAUGUUGGCUUCUACUUACCCAAGAGAUUUUCUGACUGUAAUGUGGAAGAGUAUCAUGACUUCCUGAGCAGUGGAGGUGGUGCGUGUCUCUUCAACAAACCUUCAAAGCUCUUGGAUCCUCCAGAGUGUGGAAAUGGUUUUGUGGAGGCAGGAGAGGAGUGUGACUGUGGAAGCCCAGCCGAGUGUGCUAGAGAAGGAGAGAACUGCUGCAAGAAAUGUAUGUUGACUCAGGGAGCCAAAUGCAGUGAUGGUCUCUGUUGUAAGAACUGCCAGCUGGAGUUCAUGGGGGUACUUUGUCGUGAGGCUGUCAAUGAUUGUGACAUACCGGAAAUGUGCACUGGGAACUCCAGCCAGUGUCCUCCAAACCUGCACAAGAUGGAUGGGUACACAUGUGAGAAAGACCAAGGAAGAUGUUUCAAUGGCAGGUGCAAAACCAAGGACAGACAGUGCAAAUACCUCUGGGGAGAGAAAGCGACAUCUGCCGAUAAGUUUUGUUAUGAGAAACUAAACAUUGAGGGCACAGAGAAGGGCAACUGUGGACGAGACAGAGACACCUGGAUUCAGUGCAAAAAACAGGACGUACACUGUGGAUACCUGCUGUGCUCCAACAUUUCUCCCGCGCCCCGACUAGGAGAGUUACAGGGAGGUUUGACAUCUUUCUCUGUGGCCCAGCACAGUGCCUCACUGGACUGCAGUGGAGGUCACGUACUGAUUGAUGGCGACACUGAUCUGGGAUACGUAGAAGACGGGACGGCUUGUGGCACGGAUCGCAUCUGCUUUAAUCACAAAUGCCUCCCAGUGCAGGAAUUCAACUUCAGCACGUGCCCCGGCACCAAUGAAAGGGUGAUCUGCUCCGGACAUGGGGUGUGCAGUAAUGAGCUCAGGUGUGUGUGUAACCUGGGGUGGGCAGGUGAGGACUGUAACUCCACCUCUUCUCUGACUAAGCUGCUGGUGCAGCCCACUGCCAAAACAUCAGGCAGCAUCACUACUAACAUCAUCAUUGGGGCCAUUGCGGGCUCUAUCUUGGUCCUUGCACUGAUACUAGGCAUUUCUGCAUGGGGAUACAAGAGCUACAGACAGCGUCAGUAUGUCGAGUCUGACGUACACAGAAGAUUCUGUCGUCAAAUGCCUCCGGGUGAUUACGUGAAGAAGCCUGGAGACGCUGAUUCUCUGUACAGUGACAUGCCGCAGGGCGUGAGCUCAAACUCCGGCAGCAGCUCCAAGAAGAGAUCUAACGGUCUGUCUCACUCCUGGAGUGAAAGAAUCCCAGAUGCCAAGCACAUCUCUGACGUCUGUGAAAACGGACGACCCAGGAGCAACUCGUGGCAAGGAAACAUCACAGGUACCCGUAGGAAGCUCAAAGGAAAGAAGUUCCGUCCUCGCUCCAACUCCACAGAGUAUUUAACCCCUUGCGUCAAAUCAGAGUAUUAUGUAACUAAAUGGGUAGAAGAUGUGAAUAAAAACACUGAAGGACCUUAUAUUAGGACACUGUCACCCGCCAAAUCUCCCACUUCUUCAACGGGAUCCAUCGCCUCCAGCCGGAGAUACCCCUACCCCAUGCCACCCCUUCCAGAUGAGGAGAGGAAGGCCAACAGACAGAGUGCCAGGCUGUGGGAAACAUCAAUAUAAAAGAACUCCUCAAAACUGGUCUGCAAAACUCCGUAAGGAUUUCUCUGCUUUGGUAUGAAUGAGAAAACGAAAUAAGUAAGAAAAUAAGGAAUUCAUAUGGAGAAACAAGGGACGAGUGAAUGGAAGAGUUUGGCACGGUCUCCUCCGAUCUCUGUUUAGCAUUUGUGGCAUGGAGCCAUCUUACCCUGGACGUUGAGGAGCGCGGUAUCAGAAUCCCAUUCCUGCUGUCAUUCAUAAACAGGACUCAGGAACACGAUUUCAUCACGAGACCAACCCAGAAUGACAGCUGUGCUGAGCAGAAACAGAGACAACAACAGCCACUCGUGCCCUCGUUAAACCCCGCCCCCACACACGGCCUGCCCCGCCCCCAAACACAUGCUGUCUUGUGAUUGGUGCCCUUGAUGCCCGGGUGCAAGAAGCUCAUGCAGGAGCAGGAAGUUAACUAUUGUUUUGAACGCACGCUGUCACUGUAGAACCUACUGCUGUAUGCAUGAGAAAACAUGUUUAUCGAUUCCUUGUAGUGUAACGAUGUACAAAUGUUUUAAGAUCUUUCACUCAAGGGUGCCGCAUGUACUGAAGGACAGCUUCGUAGGCUGGUAAGAUUCAAUGCCAUGUCCGCUUCGCCAGAACAUCACCCGGUCACAUCUUCUCAGAGAAUUUUGUACAUAUGUCAUAUAAUUCAGAGUGAAAUGUGAGAGUGUAGUAUUUUUCGGUUUUGACGUUUGGUUUUGGAGAGCGUGGUGGAACGUCUUCUCCGCUUUGAAGUGUCUGUCCUGUGAUCGUCUCCCUAAAUUUACAGAAUUUGUUUUAAGCCUAGCGCACGCCACGCAGAAGCACCAUUUCGUGAAAUAUGAGACAAGCUCCGCCCAUUAGGUCCAGAGAGGUGGAGCUGGACUGAAGCCCCACCCGUAUAAAUAUAUAUUAAUGAGUUGUGAGAAAUAGGGCGGGGUUUAAGCAUACUAAAUGAUAGGAGAAAUCCAAAUUACAUCACCCUAAAGAAGUCUUGUUUUUUAAUGGAAGAUCAGGUUUUUAUUUAAAGCUGUCUUCUUUUAUGGAAUUAAAAAAAUCAUGAUUUUGAAAACAAGCCAGAAUUCAGAGUUUAUAUCUUGCAAUCCCUCAGAAAUGUGAUAAAGUCGGAAUUGUGUUAAUAAAUAGUUUGAUCUUGAUUGAACAUUGAGGUCUAAAAUGAAAAUGUUCACAAUAAUUUACAUUAAGGUAAUUAAUUUUACGUUUCACGACGCCUUAAGACACACACAGCAGUAAAGUGGAGAGAAAAUGAAAGGAGCUUCUGAAUCGUAACGUGCGCUAGGCCUUAGUUCUCUGUUUGUGCUUCUAAUAAGUUUGUCCCUCAUGCUCACAGCCGAAUGUAUUUCUUCCAUUUUAUCAUCAUCAGUAUCUUACGUUAUUUAUAAUUCUCUCGUAAGUGUAAGGAAUGUGAUUUUAGCUGAUUGUUUUGGGUACUUGGCUCUUUUUUUACCGCAUUCACGAAAACAACAAGAACUGAUUUGUGUCGUCUAUCCGCCUUAUUUUUAGCGGCCAUGUUCGACCAGAACGAACGCGUGUCAGCCCCUUCCGGUCCGUUACGACGCAGAAUAAAUACCAUAAUACAGCAAUCACAAAUACUGGUCUGUAGCACAAAUAGUUUGACAGUUUGUUUUGUUUCUUCUGCGGCUAACGAAUCAGAAGUCUGGCACAUUCGCAAAAAAUAUAGCUUUUUUUCGUCGAUUUCUUUCACGUGAAAAAUAAGGUGGAUGAAACAAAACACAAAUGGCAAGAACCGAUAUGCAAUCCAGAAGCGCAGAGGGAACAAUUACUGUCACGGUUUACUCGAGAUGCUUAACUAACAUGCUGAACUAAAAACCCCGGAGAUGAGUGAAUGUAAGACUAACCAUAUUUCCUUGAUAAAUUAUGAGAUUUCGGGAGGAAUACAAAAAAAACCACAUCCUCCCUGAACAACA